AUGUCGUGGCAGACCUACGUCGAUGACCACUUGAUGUGUGACAUUGACGGCCAAGGCCAGCAUCUCUCUGCGGCUGCCAUUAUUGGUCUCGAUGGCAGUGUCUGGGCCAAGAGCGCUUCCUUCCCCCAGUUUAAGCCAGAGGAGAUGACUGGGAUCAACAAGGAUUUCGAAGAACCGGGGCAUCUUGCUCCAACCGGGUUGCACCUUGGGGGCACAAAGUACAUGGUAAUCCAGGGAGAGCCUGGGGCUGUCAUCCGUGGAAAGAAGGGCUCUGGAGGUAUCACUAUAAAGAAAACUGGACAAGCUCUAGUAUUUGGACUCUAUGAAGAACCUGUGACUCCAGGGCAGUGCAACAUGGUUGUUGAGAGGUUGGGGGAUUACCUCAUUGACCAGGGCCUGUAG